AAAAAAAAAAACACCGAGAUGAUCUCUUAUUAAUUGAUGAGAUUUGCAAAAUUAAUUAUUUUAUUGGUGAGAUGCUGAGGUUGUAGUGCCUGGAAGCUGCAUUAGCAACCAAUAAUAACAAUAAUUAAAUGUGGCAAUAGAUCAAUGGCAUUUUUUAAGCGAUUUUCAUCAAAAUCAGGGUUCUUUAUAUGUAUUACCCACUAUAAAAUUAGAGUAGCAGAAAGAAGCACAGUAGCGAGUUUCUAAUUGCUUUAAAAUAAUAAUACAAAAUGAUGAACAUAUCAUCAGGAGUGUGGUCUAGUUUUGUUGGAGAGCUAGUGCAAGCAUUGGGCGUUGCAGGAUCAAGAUCUCCUUGUCUUGAUCCAAGUCCAAGUCAAAAUGCACCUCAAGUAGAUGACUUGAUGAUCCAGGCCUUAACUGAUGUAUUUGGCAUGGAAAACAACGGCAAAAUAAAGAAGAAGAACGCACGCCAAGUGGUGGAGAAGCUUGGCUUGACAUAUGGCGAAGAAGAAGAAGAAGAAGAAGAAGAAGGAAACAAAUCCGCUGCGGUAGAUGAUGAAAUGGCAGUAGAGGAAGUGCUUCAUGGAUUGGAAAAAGGGUCAGAGCGCCAGCAUUUGCUGCAUGAAGCCUUCAAAAUAUUUGAUGAGAAUGGUAACGGACAUAUAGAAGCAGUGGAGCUGAAGAGGGUGCUGCAGUGCUUGGGUCUGGAUAAAGGGUUGGAUAUGAGCGACAUAGAGAAGAUGUUGAAGGUUGUGGAUUUGAACUUGGAUGGAAGGGUUGAUUUUAGUGAGUUUCAAUUGAUGAUGAGCUAAAUUUUCUUUUCAAUUAAUGUUAUUUCUUAUUCUAUAUUCUUGCCAAGUUUUAUAUAUUUUCCAAAACGACAGAUGAGCUAUGCUGUCAGAUUUUGUUUUUGCCCAAAUAAAAACAGAGUUACCUCUUGCCUA